UUUAGACCAAUAGUGAAUAGUUUCGAAUUCGUGUGUGGCCGCCAAAAUAAGCGGGUUGUUUUUGUGAGAAAAUGUUAAACAAUAUAUCAUUAUCACAUUCUACUCAAUUAAUUCUUUAAUAAAAGUAUGACCACAAUGUCUACAAGCGCCAUACUGAAUUCUGUGAGGAAUUUUUUGGUUUCACAUCAUAUGCUAGCUGAUGAAGAUUGGAUAUCAGGAUGUGUAAACUAUUUCAUGGAAGAGAGUGGCUGCACAGACAUAAAAGAGAUACAGAGCCAGGCGAAGGAACAGUGGUUACUGAACAAUUUGACAGACAUAUGUCCUGGAUCGCUGCCUGCCAACCUAAGCUCCACACACAAGACUUGUUUGAAUGGCCGAUUUGUGUUGCAAAUCAAUGCUGUCUCUGAUAUUGGUACUCCUGCCUACCAGCAGUAUUUGAAACUUCAGAAAGUUAAUACAGAAAAUAUUGAUGCCACUACCAAGUUUGAUGAUAAAAUUCCAAGUCAUAGGAUGAUAAAGUUGUGCAUGACAGAUGGUAAGCAGGAGGUAGCAGGCAUCGAGUACAAGCCUAUGAGGAACUUGAGCCUCGACAUUACGCCGGGGUGCAAAGUUUUAAUAAAAGGUCCAGUGGAAUGUCGUCGCGGCAUGCUCCUGUUAACAGAAAGUUCUAUUGAAUUGCUCGGAGGUGAAGCGAGCGACCUGAGUGAUAACACACAGGCGUGUCUCUUGGCUGCCAAGUUAGGAUUACCCAUGACGCAAGAAACAAACUUAGAUUCAACAUCAAACCACCCAAGAAACACAAAUAUACCAAGUCCACACAAUCAAAUGCCUCCGCCAAUCAGUGAGCCAUUAUUGGAGCCAACGUUUGAUCAAACCUCCAGACCAGUCGCCAGAGUGACAGGUAUACAGGUCUCAAACUUUGCAGACGACGACAUUGAUUUUGACGAGCUCAAUGCUAUUGAAGCACAGUACUGCGAUAAUCGUGUGAAACGACCGUCAGAAACGGAUAUACACAACCCAGAAAAGAAAUUAAAAAUGAACCCUACUUUAAGUACAAAUAGAGUUCAAAAUCCUUCAAUCGAAACCAACUCUACAAGAAGCAACAAUAUUCAAGAUUAUUUUAAAAUGAACCCUACGCCGUGUACAAAUAGGACUGAAAAUCAUGUAAAAAAAAACCCUACACUUACAGGUGUAAAUACGGAUGAUGACUAUCCGGAUGAUGCAGACAUGUGCUUCGAAGACGAAGACUAUUUGAGGGAAAUAGAAGCUAAAUUAGAUGCAAAAGAAAAUGUACUAAAUUCUAAUACCACUAAAGUUCAAAUUCCAGUGUCAUCGGAACCGUUUAUUUAUAUAAAACAGAUUGAAAAUUUAAGUGAUUCUAGUAAAGUUGGAAGGGUUUUCAAAGUUAAAGGGCAGAUUCUGAAGUUACUCUCAAAGUUGUCGGUCACUAAAGAGGGUUGGACGUUAAGGUGUACUAUUGUAGAUGGUACGGGGAGUCUAGACGUGGACUUCACAAGUGAUGUGCUAUCCAAAUUGGUCGGUUAUACUCCACAAGAGAUGAUCCAGUUGAGGAAACAGAUUGGUAGCAAGCCGGAGAUUAAGAGGAAGGUUGAAUCGGCUCUACAGCAAGCUAAGAUCAAACUAGAAGUCCUAUAUUGUAUAAUAGAGUUAACUAUGUUGGAGACGCCCAAAAUAACCAAGCUUACACCGUUUGAAGACUUUCAUGCUGACGCGUUGAAUACCAGACUGCAGGCCAGUGGAUUAUAGCAUAGCAUACAUACAUACUGUGUAAAGUGUAAAUAACAUAUUAUUAAAGUUUAUAAGACAAUCGUUAAA